AAGGCGCAGGGGUGCCCCGCUGGCCACGCCAGGACAUCUGGCCGGCGCCCGAGCAGCGGCAGCACCAUGAUCCGGCUGGGGAGACUCUUCCGUCUCCUGACUUUGAUUAAGUUGCCCUGCUGCCUGCUGGAGUUUCUCCUCUCUGCGGUGGCUCACGGGCAGGAGAUGUACGCCCCCCACUCCAUCCGGAUAGAGGGGGACAUCACCCUGGGGGGGCUCUUCCCCGUCCACGCCAAGGGACCCACCGGAGUGCCUUGCGGGGACAUCAAGAAAGAGAACGGCAUCCACCGGCUCGAGGCGAUGCUGUACGCGCUGGACCAGAUCAACAGCGACCCGGAGCUGCUGCCCAACGUGACGCUCGGGGCUCGGAUCUUGGACACUUGUUCCAGGGACACCUAUGCAUUGGAGCAGUCGCUCACUUUUGUCCAGGCGCUGAUCCAGAAGGACACCUCCGACGUGCGGUGCACCAAUGGGGAACCACCGGUCUUUGUCAAGCCAGAGAAAGUAGUUGGAGUGAUUGGGGCAUCUGGAAGUUCAGUGUCCAUUAUGGUAGCGAACAUCUUAAGGCUUUUCCAGAUUCCCCAGAUCAGUUAUGCCUCAACUGCACCAGAGUUAAGUGAUGACAGGCGCUAUGAUUUCUUCUCACGAGUGGUCCCUCCAGAUUCCUUCCAAGCACAGGCAAUGGUUGACAUUGUAAAAGCUUUGGGGUGGAAUUACGUGUCAACGUUGGCAUCUGAAGGAAAUUAUGGAGAAAAAGGAGUGGAGUCCUUCAUGCAGAUUUCCAGAGAAGCAGGUGGCCUCUGCAUUGCCCAGUCACUGAAAAUUCCCCAGGAUCGCAAAGAGAAGGCCAUCGACUUUGAUAAAAUUAUCAAGCAGCUCCUGGACACUCCUAAUGCCAGGGCCGUCGUUAUUUUUGCCAACGACGAGGACAUAAAGCAGAUCCUUGCAGCAGCAAAAAGGGCUGAUCAAGUCGGUCAUUUUCUGUGGGUGGGAUCAGACACUUGGGGCUCCAAAAUAAAUCCGCUAAUUCAGCAAGAAGACAUUGCUGAGGGAGCAAUCACCAUUCUGCCUAAGAGAGCAACCAUAGAGGGAUUUGAUACCUACUUUACCUCACGCACCCUGGAGAACAACAGAAGAAAUGUGUGGUUUGCAGAGUAUUGGGAGGAAAACUUCAAUUGCAAGUUAACGAUUAGCGGAUCAAAAAAAGAAGACACAGACCGUAAAUGCACAGGGCAGGAGAGAAUUGGAAAAGAUUCCCAUUAUGAACAAGAGGGGAAAGUUCAGUUUGUGAUUGAUGCUGUGUAUGCCAUGGCUCAUGCCCUCCAUCAUAUGAACAAGGAUCUUUGUGCUGAUUACCCUGGGAUCUGUCCGGAGAUGGAACAAGCAGGAGGCAAGAAAUUGCUGAAGUAUAUACGCAAUGUUAACUUUAAUGGCAGUGCUGGCACUCCAGUGAUGUUUAAUAAAAACGGUGAUGCACCGGGGCGCUAUGACAUCUUUCAGUAUCACACAACAAACACCACCACUCCAGGCUACCACCUGAUUGGCCAGUGGACCGAUGACUUGCAGCUCAACAUUGAAGACAUGCAAUGGGGUAAAGGAAUACGCGAGAUCCCAUCCUCUGUUUGCAGUCUGCCUUGUAAACCAGGUGAAAGGAAGAAGAUGGUGAAAGGGAUGCCGUGCUGUUGGCACUGUGAGCUCUGUGAUGGAUACCAGUACCAAGCUGAUGAGGUGACAUGUUUGCUCUGCUCAUAUAACGAGCGACCUAAUGAGAACCGCACUGGAUGCCGCCCUAUACCCAUUGUGAAAUUGGAAUGGCACUCUCCAUGGGCCGUCAUACCAGUCUUCUUGGCUAUGCUUGGAAUUAUUGCCACCAUUUUUGUAAUGGCGACCUUCAUUAGAUAUAAUGACACUCCCAUCGUCCGGGCUUCUGGAAGGGAACUCAGCUAUGUCCUGUUGACCGGAAUAUUUCUUUGUUAUAUAAUUACUUUCCUGAUGAUUGCCAAACCAGAUGUUGCAGUAUGCUCUUUCCGACGUAUCUUCCUGGGCUUGGGGAUGUGCAUCAGCUAUGCAGCCCUUUUAACUAAAACAAACCGCAUCUACCGCAUAUUUGAACAGGGCAAAAAGUCAGUGACAGCACCUCGGCUUAUAAGCCCAACAUCGCAGCUGGCGAUCACUUCGAGUUUAAUAUCAGUUCAGCUUCUAGGGGUUUUCAUUUGGUUUGCAGUUGAUCCACCCAACAUCAUCAUAGAUUAUGAUGAGCAGAAGACUAUGGACCCUGACCAAGCCAGAGGAGUUCUCAAAUGUGACAUUACGGAUCUACAAAUCAUUUGCUCCUUGGGGUAUAGCAUUCUCCUAAUGGUUACAUGUACUGUGUAUGCCAUCAAGACUCGGGGUGUCCCAGAGAAUUUUAAUGAAGCUAAACCCAUUGGAUUCACUAUGUACACUACCUGUAUAGUAUGGCUUGCCUUCAUUCCAAUAUUUUUUGGUACUGCACAGUCAGCUGAAAAGCUCUACAUACAAACUACCACACUUACAAUAUCCAUGAACUUAAGUGCUUCAGUGGCCCUGGGGAUGCUUUACAUGCCGAAAGUGUACAUCAUCAUCUUCCAUCCUGAACUAAAUGUCCAGAAACGGAAACGCAGCUUCAAGGCCGUAGUGACGGCAGCGACCAUGUCAUCACGGCUUUCGCACAAAGCUAGCGACAGGCCCAAUGGGGAAGCAAAAACAGAACUUUGUGAAAAUGUAGACCCAAACAAAUGCAUACCACCAGUAAGAAAGAGUGUACAAAAAUCUGUUACUUGGUACACUAUUCCACCUACAGUAUAGCUUUUGCCUGCUUUCCAAGAAGGCCCUGCUGCAAAAAAGAAGUAUGUCAGUUAUAAUAACCUGGUUAUCUAGUCCAUUUCUUCAGACAGAGUUGAGGAAGGAUGAAGAUUUUCAUCCAUUCAGUCACCCAAACUGCCAUAUGCCUCUCCCUGACCUGCAGUGUAUCCACCACUGGAGAAGCUUAAAGGCCAGGCAGUUAAUAUGGAGACCAAUGUCAGAGGACCAAGCGUUCUGAACAGCUGCUAUAUGAAAUAUCCUUAAUUAUUCUUGGCUUAAUAAGUCACUGGCACUGUGGGCUGUGACCUUGGACCUUCUCUAUGUAUGGGAAGUAUGAAAACUGAGUACCCAGCUCGAAUACAUGAGUACCCAGCUCUUUAUGGGUGAACUGCAUUUAGCGACAGUGACUUUACAGGGGCUAAUUCUGUCUUUAUAUGUACUUCCAGACUGCAAGUUUUUGAAAUUUCUGUACAGUUUGUGAGGAAUUUUGCAUAUUUCCAUCCAUGUUGUUUCAAAGAUUCACUGUUUGUUUUGAAUGCACAGUUGCAUUGAAGACCUAUUCUCUCAGAUGUUAGCACAUUAAAAACAAAUCUGAGGAUUUAAAAGAACUAUGUACAUGACUUGUAUAAUUAUUAUUGUAUCACUGCAAUCCAUAUUUUUUUUUAAAUUCAACAACAACAACAAAAAGUUAUUUAAAGACCAAAAACUGUGCUGGUGAAGUGAGCCCCUGCCUUUCAUAAGUAUGAUGGGCUGCAGAGGAAGCAAGAAGGAUAUUGCUUGGUUUUAAUAGAGGUCUUGAUAUGUGGAAUGCAUGCCAGUAAUGUAUUUUACAGUACAUGUUAAUAAUUUGUUUGAUAUUUGUAUUUGUGUUCUAUUUUGUUAUUUUAGUUAAGAUAUAUGACUAUUUUGCAAUAAUUUCAAUUAUUCUUACAAUAUUUGGAAGAAGGAAUAUGGCUUUUACAUGUCUUAAGGUUUUUCUUUGUUGAUGCCCACCAUGAUUGACCAGUGUGAUGAGGACUUUAAAAAAAAAAGCAUGUAUGUUUUAUACUGUUUGUAAUAAGUAAUUUCGUUAAUCUUGCUGCUUAUGUGCCAAUUAGUGAAAACAAUCUUUCCGGCAAACUCCUCCCCCCUUUCCAUUCUCU